ACACUCGAAACUCCUCGAUAUUUUUCAUAGAAAGGCAAUAGCAUGGUGGAAUGACAACAAAAUAUAGCGUCAUGUUGAAGAGUUUGAUCGUGAAUGAAUACUAUAUUCUAUUGAAGAUUGUUUGAAGGAAAAUAUGUCGGAAGAUGUAGAUGUUGAUAUCAGGGAACAAGUUUUCCACAACGCUGUUCGGGAAUAUAUUAUUUGCCUGCUGUUGUUUAUUUUCCUCUAUGUGAGUUCCUAUGUGACAGUGAGACACUUCAAAACUGCAGAUUCUGAAGACAUCUCAUCAGCAGGUGAAGAGGAUGCAGUGGUUUACAGGAUUGCACUGUGGAUGUGUACGUUUACGUUGUCCGUGUCGGUGGGGGCGAUCCUCCUUCUCCCGGUGUCCAUUGUCUCUAAUGAGGUCCUCCUGCUCUACCCCAACAGUUACUAUGUACAGUGGCUGAACUCCUCACUGAUUAUUGGUUUCUGGAACAACAUAUUCCUGAUUUCAAACCUGUCCCUGUUCUUCUUUAUGCCCUUUGCCUACUUCUUCACAGAGUCGGAAGGAUUUGUAGGACUCAAAAAGGGUAUCUGGUCCCGGGUGUACGAAGCCUUUAUUUUGCUGGUACUGGUAGGGAUCCUGAUGGUUGGUCUUGCCUGGGUAGCCUCAGCCAUAUUCGACGGCAACAAGCACAGUCAAGAAACACUGUUUGACAUCUGGUCGUAUUACCUCCCCUAUCUGUACUCCUGUAUCUCCUUCCUCGGAGUCAUCAUCCUCAUGUUGUGUACCCCUGUAGGAUUCUCUAGAAUGUUUACUGUGAUGGGGGAACUCAUUGUCAAACCAAAGUUCUUUCAAGAUGUAGAAAACGAGUUGGUCAUAGUCCGUUUAACAGAAACAGAAUUGAGACGGAGGCUGACCUUCACUAAAGACAAUAAAUACAAACAAGUUCCUGACAGGCUGGCUAAUGGACAUUUGUCAACGGAGGAUCUUAUUGAACAGUUAGAAAACAACCAAAAGACUUUGAAAGAACUAGAGAAGAGAAGUAAAACCUCGAUAUUUUGGAGGAAUCUGUGUUAUCCCCUAGUUAUGCUGCUUUUGUUGGCUUUAACAGUAUUAUGUGUGUUGAUGGUGGCUCAUAACUUUUUACUGUUACUUGUUGGUAUCAAAGCUUUACCAGUUGGAGCUAAGGAAACUGUCCUAGGAAUGGCUUCUCUUUCGGCUUUGGGUUCAUUUGGAGCAGCUUUGGAAAUAGUCCUUAUUUUAUAUGUGAUGUUAGCCUCUGUAUUAGGAUUUUACAGCUUACCAUUUUUUCGAAGUCUUCGUCCAGUUCCACACGAAACACCAAUGGUCAAAGUCAUAGGAAACUGCAUUGUCCUGCUUAUCCUCAGCUCAGCACUACCCAUUAUGUCAAGGACGCUAGGUUUAACAAAUUUUGACCUGAUCGGUAACUUUGGAAGUAUGGAUUGGCUAGGGAACUUUUACAUCAUCAUGUUGUGCAACAUUGUCUUCGCUGGACUGACAACGCUGUGCUUAGUCACGAAAUUCACGAAAGCAGUUCGGACUGAAAUUUACGACCGCCUGAUGGCGUUUUUUAUCAGCGAGCAGGGAACACAGGGUCGCACUCACUCGUUUCUUGCUAAUGGGGAAAUUGGCUCAAAAGAAGACUAGAAGGCUAUGGUAUCUAUGGUAAUCGAUUGUUACCAUGGAAGCUGGCUUUAUAGAAAAUUGUCCAAAUGUAAACUGUGAUAUGGGGGAAAGUGUGUGUGUGCGAUUAGAGACAAUAAAGUGUGGGAGUUAGUUUAUUUAUACAGUAUUUCUUUAUGAUUUCCUGUUAUAUAAGUACUUAGAUUCCAUGAGAUCAUUGCCUUGGUGUCAAUUGAGAGUUGUGUCAUAUGAUUUUUUGUUCUUAUUGCAGAGUACUGUGUAGUGAUGUUCAGUAGUGUGAUGUUACAGACAGAGGUUACUUGUAGGAUGUAUAAUUUUCUUGCUUUAAUUUUAGAUGUUUUAUAGAAUUACUGCUGUCAGAAGAUAUUUCUUAUAUAUGGCAUUGAGACCUAUAUAAUUUUUUCACAAUUUUACUCUAUUAGUUUUCACUGUACAAAAUGUAUUUUAUUUUUCUCAGUCACAAAACUACUGUAUUUAAUAUAGUCAAUUUCUUCAUAGGAAAUUUCAUUAUGAAACAAUUACUACACAAAUUGUUAUGAAAGUUGAUUUAACGGUAUGAUAGAUUAGUACAGCGAGAUGCAGUGUAUUAUAAAAUUAUUAGUCUCAUAUGCCAUAGAUAUUCAAAUUGUUCAUGUACCAGUAAUAUACAAAUAAGUAUAUCAAUAUAUAUAUAUGUAGAUGUUUUAUGAAAUCCAUGUUUUUUUGUCAGGAACAUUUUAAGUAGCCACAAAUAACUUACACUCCUAGUCAUGUUAUUUCUUGGUUCAUAUUGCUACAUACAUGCACUUGUACUUUAUAAACACCAGCCACUGGAUAUUUCUUUCUCUGUCCUGUUCACAGUUAGGAAUUCAAAUCAUCUGUUUGUUUGGCUUCAAAAAAAAAUUCUCCAUUCAUUUGGUUUCAGCUUAAUUAUACAGGGCACAAAUUUCACAUGCUAUUUUAUUAUUGUUUCAUUGGGAUUUAGAAGUGAUUUAACAUCAUCUGAUAAACACUAAUGGCUUUGUGCUUAACGUCCUCAAACAUACCUAUAUGUAUAUUAUAUGAUGUUAAAGUACAUUCAAUUUGUAUUUACCUUACUUUAUAUGCAAUAGCAAUGCAAUACUCAUUUAUCUAUAUAUUUUUUUCAAAUCAUGUCUUCUUUGUAUCAAAAGUUAACCACACAAAUAUUUUAUGUACUUGAAAUAUGUCUGAUAUCGUAUUAAGUUUAAUCAUAUUAUUUUGUAUGUUAAUGUUAGGUUGAAAGGCUGUAUAUAUAUUACAGAAUUAAUGUAUUGGUCGUUAAAACGUUGUUCAGCAUUAUCUGUAUUAAUAUACAUGCACAUGUAGGUAUCAAAAUCUGUUAUUCAACAACAGUGCUAAUUAUCAGUUGUAUUAGUUAGAAUGUGCAAAAUAGUUACUUUAGACAAGUGAAAGAAACAGACCAUGUGUGUAUAUACAUUGUAUAUAUGCAAUGCAAUAUAAACACUUUAGAUAUGCAUGAAGACACAAAUUUCAUCUAUGCUUUUUUUUUUUGUUAAGGCUUGCCAUUGUCAGUUGGGAUCGCUUGUUGUUUUGCCAUUUACUUUGAAGAACAAUUAGUCGAGCAUAAUGUCCACUUAUUUUUGUAUUUGUUUUAUUUUAGAAUGGUGGGACCAUAAAUUGUAUGUACAUGUACAUUUGUUUGAGUGAUCUGUCGCAAGUUAGACAUGUACAAAUGUAUUUAUUGUUACAAGCUAUUCUAAGGAAAUGCUCAUGUUGACAUCUUUUGAAGAGUGAUGAAAUUCUUCUCAGAAAUUUUAAGAUUUUCAUCGCCAGUUAAAAAGAUUCUGGUCAAGUGUUUUGUUAGAUUUUUUUUUUUAAAGAUACAAAGUAUUACAUUUUUGCUUGUUUGUUUUAACAUGAGGCAGUGAUAAAUAUGUGAAUGUUCAAGUACUAUUCUUUUUCUUAAUGCAAUGCUUAUCAUGCGUACACAUCUGGUAUUUGAAACCAUGAGAGAUCGAACAUGUAGGCUUAUUCUGUCUGACGAUGUAUAGGAUUACAGGGGUAGGCCAGAUGGAAGGUGGUGAUGAACUAAUAAUUAAGUGGUUGUCUGCAGUGAGAGUGUGCUCUGUAACCUUAUUAUUAACAAGUGGGUCAACAGCUCAAUUCCAUUGUUUUGAAUAAGCUCUGUGCAAUACUUAUUUGCCAAUACAUGUGUUGUAUUUUGAAAAUAAAAGUGAUAGAAUGAUAUAUGAAA